CUAUCUUUAGGUCCCCUGCCUUCACCUAAGGAACUGAUCAAAGGGAAUAUCAAAACUAUCAUUGAGUACAAAAUCGAUGAAGAUGGCAAGAAAGUGAAGAUUAUCCGCACCUUCAGAAUUGAAACAAGGAAAGCUUCAAAAGCAGUGGCCAGGCGAAAAAACUGGAAAAAAUUUGGCACAUCGGAAUAUGACCCUCCCGGUCCGAAUGUCGCUACGACGACGGUCAGUGAUGAUGUCUACAUGACCUUCAUCACCAGCAAAGAGGAUUUGAAUAACACCGAAGAGGAUGACCCCAUGACCAAACUGAAAGGCCAGAAGAUUGUGUCAUGUCGAAUUUGUAAAGGGGACCACUGGACGACUCGCUGUCCAUACAAAGACACCCUGGGACCAAUGCAGAAGGAAUUAGCUGAGCAGCUUGGACUCUCCACCUCUGAGAAGGAAAAGGGCUCAGAAUCUGAACCAGUCCAACCAGCUCAGAGUAAGACUGGGAAGUACGUUCCGCCCAGUUUACGAGAUGGAGCUAAUCGGCGUGGGGAGUCAAUGCAGACAAAUCGCAGAGCGGAUGACAAUGCCACAAUCCGUGUGACUAACCUCUCAGAGGACACGCGAGAGACUGAUCUGCAGGAACUGUUCCGGCCUUUUGGCUCCAUUUCUAGGAUCUACCUGGCUAAGGACAAGAAUACUGGCCAAUCCAAGGGAUUUGCCUUUAUUAGUUUCCAUCGACGUGAGGAUGCUGCCAGAGCCAUUGCUGGGGUCUCAGGCUUUGGUUACGAUCACUUAAUCCUGAACGUGGAAUGGGCUAAGCCAUCAAACAGUUGAGAAGUAAUUGAUGAGAUGGAGUAGACUUUAAGCAGAAGUUGCUCUGUUAAUUGUUAACAGUACUAAAUAAAAUUUCUGUACUGGC